AUGUACACCAACACAGCAUGGAUGCUUGAUGGUGCACUUUGUUGGGUUUCUAUAGAAGAGGACUAUGCAAGAGGUCAUAUUUAAAAACUACUUAAUUAAAGAAGUGUUGCUAGAGUGAUUUUGGCAGAGAAUAAAAUUAUAGAUGUACCUGUUAAUUAGAUUUUAAAAGCAAGUAAUAGUAAAAGUAUAGAUUUAACUGAAUUGCCACAUAUAAGUGAACCAGAAAUCUUAUUUAAAAUAAAAAAUACUGUAUAUUUAGAUAGGUAGAUUCUUUUGUAAAAUGUUAACACAUCUUUAGCAGAUUUUGUGCAAUAUAAAAAAUACAUUGAUGAAAGGUUGAUUGUCAGUUAAAUUCCACCUCAUAUAUUUUCUACUUUAUUUUAUGCUUUUCAUAAUUUAGAUAUUGGGAAAAAUUCAUAGAUAAUAGUAACAGGAAAUAAAGGAUAUGGUAAAACAUAAAUUAUUAAUGAUAUGAUUAAUUUCCUUAAUAAAGAUACAAUCAUAUAUUACAAUCUAAUAAAAUCAUUUAUAACAGAUACUCUUGGUCAUACUCAAGGAGUGAUUAAUUAUAGAUUCAUUUAUAAAUAAAGAAGACUAAUUGGACUAUUAUUUUAAUCAUAUCAUCUCAAUUUGGCAGAGUAUAAAAAUGCUUAAUUUUUUACUUAAAAAUGGGAAGACUUAAAAAAUCCUGAAAUUUUAAAAUUGAUCUAAACUGAGAAAAUUGAAAAUGCUUAAUAGUUUUAAAAUAUGUUUGAAAAAAUAAUUUUGAUUAUCAAUGGUCUUGUUCCAUUAAAUGAUAAUAUCUAGAUGAUUAGUAUUUUGGAAUAUCCAGGAAAGUCAGAUUAAUUAACAGAGUAUAUUUCUGAAAAAAUUGAACAAAUAUAUAUUUAAAGUGUAUUUAAGAAUUGUUAGAAUUAAUUAAUAUAAGAUUAAUUGCAUGAAUUAAACAAGUAGAUCUCAUUUGAAGAUAAUUUAUUUAUAUUAGAGGAAAUAGAAAGUAAAAUCUAAAUUCCUCCUAAUAUUGCAAAAUUGAGUAAUAUUAUGACCAAAGACACUUAGAUGUUAUUUAUAAGAGUUAUAUAAAGAAAAUAAGAUUUAGGAUAAUUUAGAAUUUUUGAUUCAAUUAAAUUUUUUAAAAAUAGUUAUCCAUAUCGAUUAACAUUUAAUGAUUUUUAUUAAAGAUACCACCAUCUUGAUAUAUUUAAUAGAAAGAUUUCUCUUUAAAAGCAUAUUAAUAGUAACUAAGAUAUGAAAGCAUUAGUAACUGAAAUAUGUAAACGAUUGGUGUAAUCAAAAGGUUUAUUAUUUGGGUAAACUUAAGUGUAUUUUAAAAAAGAUGCAAUUGAAAAUUUAAAUAAGUUAUUAUGUAAUCACAAUUUAAAAUUAAGCAUAUUUGCUAAAAUUAUUUAAAGAGCUUAUCGAAUUCGACAAUUUAGAAAAGUUAUUUUAGCUUGUGUUAAGAAAAUUGCUAAAACUAAAUCAAUUGAAUCACAGAUCAUAUCUGAAAGUGAAUUAAUUUAGAUACAAAAUGAAAUUAGAAAAUAAAGUUAAUCCUAAUUAAAGGAGGAGAAAGAUGAAGAAAUUAUUAUUUAAAUUUCAGAUGAUGAAUCAUAUAUUCUUCUGGAUAAAAGUUAGUUAUAAGAAUAUACAAAUUUGAAAAAAGACCAUAUAAAAAAAAAAUAGCAUAGUUUGAUAAAUGGUUAAAUUUACGAAGAAGUUUCAGAUGUAGCUUAUAGUCUAUUAACUGAAGAGUAAUAAAAUCAAAGAAAAGAUAAUAUAAAUAAGAAGAAAAUAGAGUAAUAGAUGAAGGAAUUAGAGGCAAUUUAAACUGAAGCCUCUGAUCCUGAAUCAUUUUAAUUAUUAACAUUAGAAUAAAAGUUUCAGUAUUUAAUAAUGAAAAAAUAAAAUUAAAAUUAAGUUGCAUAUCGAUUAUUGGAUCAAAAUUAAUAAUUAAAAAUAAAAUAAUAAAGAAGAUUAAAUAAAAUAAAAGAUUUUAAAUAAAAGUAUUAUGAUUAAUUAGAACCGUUUUUAAGUGAUUUAGAAGCAUUUAAAUAAUUAACAAUUGGAUAAUAAAAUGAAUACAAGAAGAAGAAACUCUAAAAUUAAAAAAAUGUUGCCUUAUCAUUAUUGAGUGAAUCGUAAUAAUAAAACAGAAGAUAAUAUUUAGUUUAACAACAUCCAAGAUAAAUUUAAAAAAAAAAGUUUUUAGUUGAUGAUCCUUUAUCAGAUUAUGAAGCGUUUCUUUUACUUGAGCCUAUAUAAAAGGAAAAGUAUAAAAAAGAAAAAGAAAAACUUAAACCAUUAAAGAUAUUAUAAAGUAGAGCAAGAUUUGGGGUAGAUGUAGAAGUAUCAGAUUCAGAAUCUUUCAAAUUGCUAGAAAAUAAAGAAAUAUAUAAUAAAUACAAAGAAUAAUUAAAAUUAUGCAAUGACAUAUCCGAUAUUGAGGCUUAUCUUUCUAUAGAGGAUGUUAAUAUAUAUAUUCAAUUAAAAAAGGAAGGUUAAACAGGAAUAGCAAAAUAAAUGGCAAAUAUUUAAAAAUAUGAAGAAUUAUAUCAAUUAAGAUUAUAGGCAUAAUAAAGACUAGAUGAAUUAGGAUUGGUUAGAUAUGAUUUAUUAGAUUCUAUUGCCUUUAAGCUUUUAAAUUAGAAGGAGUGGUAAUUAAGAAAACAAUAAUUAAGUGAAUAUUAUAUAAGUAAGAAAAAAAUGAAUGAAUAAGGCAAUUUUUGUUAUGAUUCCUUAGCUUAUAUGAAUUUAACGAUUGAGAAAAAAAAUGAGAGAAAAUAAAAGGAAAAAAUAUAAAUUUUAUUAAAAAACAUAAUAAAUCCAAUAUUGUUUGAAAACCAUUUGCAUCCUAAUUCUAGCGUUGCAUUUAGAUUAUUAUAGAAUAAAGAUAUUGUUUAUAAAAAAAUAUCUUUAGCAUAUAUGUUAUUAAAAGAUAAGACUAUUAGAGAUUAAUAAUUAAAGGAGCUAUAAGUUUAUCAUUGGGAAGAUAUAAAUAGUUUACAACAGAAGUAACAAUUACAACAAGAGAAGAUAAAUAUUUAUGAAUAAGAAAAGGAUAACUUAAAAAAGGUUGAGUUUUCAGAUUAUGAAGCAUUUAAAUUACUAGAUGAAGAUUAAUUAUUAGAUUAUCAAUAAAAUGCUUAUUCUUAUUUGGAUGAUGAAUAGAAAUAGGUUCAUAGAAGAAUAAUUAAGGCAAAAUUAAUAUCAAAUACUUUUCAUUCUGAUUUGGAAUCAUAUGAAAUGUUAAGUGAUGAUUCAAAAGAAAAGUAUAAAUAGAUGAAAAUAAUUGAUGUUUCUGAUUAUUGUGCAUUUGAAGCAUUAGAGGAUAAAGCAGAAUAUUAGAAAGAAAAAUAAAAAAAGAAAGAUUUUUUAGAUUAAAUAGAAAGUUAAGGAUUUAAAGUAUAUUUUGGGGCAUCACCAUAAGUAAUGACAAAGAGUGAACAUGAAAAGUUUGUUAAAUAAAAGUUAAUUAUUCAAUAGAAAAUAAAAGAUGAAGAAAUGAAUCUUUUAAAAUAAUUACAAUAAGAAUAAUUAGCAUAAUAAAAGAAAUUAGAAAUAAAAACUUCGUUUAUUAUUCAUAAAUUGAUUUCAAAUCCAAAAUCAUAGCCAUAUAUAAUAUAUGAUAAUUGUUAAAUGAAUAAAAGGAUUUUAGAUAUAAGAUCAGCUCCUGAUAAGAAUUUAAGUUAUUUUUUGGAUAAUGAAUUUGUAUAAAAGUUAGAAAAACAUAAAUUUUAUGAUUAUUGCUAAUAAGUAUUAAAUCAUGAAGGCAAGCAAGUUUAAAAAAUAAUGAAAUGUUAAAGUGAAAAUUUAAAGCAUCCUUUAACAAAGUUAUAAAAUGAAACAACAGCAUUAAAUGUUUUUAGGAGUAUAACAAAAUUUGCUCAUAUGAAAAGAUCACGUUAAACAAUAAAAUAGCAUUUAGAGAAAAUUUUAUGUGCUUUAAUAGGGAAUGAUGCUGUAAUUGAGUUACCACCUGCUCCUAAGAGUCUUCUUAAAGCUUAAACUAUAGAUAUAGAUGCAUUAAAGAAAACAAUAUAAUUAGAAACAGCUGGAAGAAGAUUUAGCAAUCAAGAAGACUUUGAAUGUAAUCAAGAAAUUAGAGAAGAAGUUUUAUUAUAAAUAUUUAAAUAAAUAGAAGGAAAUAAGAAAGAACACUUAAACUAUUUGUUGAGAUUAUGCAUUGUAAUUACUUAUUGUAUACCAUAUUAUUAUCCAAUUCCAUAUAUUCAAUAUUUAGUGGAUAAAAUUGAGAAUCCAGAAAAUAAAUUGUUUAAGGAUCCUGAAAUAUAUAAGUAUUGUAAGUAGUUAAUUAAAAAUUUUGCUGUCAAUACAAAUGAACAAGUAUUUAAAAAUGAAAUCAAAAUUCCAUUAUGUCCUAGAAAAUAUCUUCCUAAAGCAGAUGAAAUUUAAUUAAUGUUUGAAUGUAAAUUAUCUAUAGUCAAAUUAUUCAUCCAUAGUGAUACACCUAUUUGGGUUGAAGUUGAUCAUCAUUAUAGUGUAAAAUCAGUUAUUAAAAGUGCAUGCAAUUAUGUAGGUUUAUAAAACUAUUGGAAUCAUUUUGGAUUAUUAGCUGUACAUUCAAAAUUCGACAAUAUUUAUAAUACAUCUUGGCUUGAUGAAUCCGCUAAUUUCUUUGAUAUUUUAAACAAAUUAGAAUUUCAUGAAGAAAUUAAUAACAAUGUUUAUAAGUUAAAUAAAAAAUUUGAUAUUUAUUUGACAAUCAAAGAAUUUUUUUAAAUUAGUAAAUAAGAUUAGGAUAUGCUCGAUUUAGUAUUUUAUUAAAUGGUGUUUGAUGUUAAAAGAAACAAGAUCCAAUUAAAAGCUGAAGACUUACAAAUAUUAUCCGAAUUAGAAAUGUAUAUUCGAUAUGGUGAAAACAUAAAUAAUUAGAAGUAUAAUUUAUAAGAUAAAAAUAUGGCAAAGUAUUGUAACCAUUAAUACUUAGGCUUGAAUAUUUAAAAAUAUUGCGUUUAGCUGAUAGUAAUUCAAUUCCAGAUAUAAUAAUUUGA